AGAGGACCUGCAUACUUAUUACACAGUAGUCUGACGAAUGUAACAAAUUUUACAUUUCAUUUGAUUGUUGAUGACAUCAAAAUAUUGCACUACGGGAGAUAAUAAAAUUUAAAAGUAAUCAUUUGUGAGUUUGUUAAAAACAAAUUGAAACAACUGUUAUGGGUUCUGGACAAAGUGCUCGUAAACUUACUAUUGAUAAUGAAGAGUUAGGUGUUAUAACAAUAUCAGAAUCUGUUGCAAAACGAUUAGCUCAGACAAUAAAUAAUACAAAUGCUAAUGUGACAAAUGAAGUAAGAUCUGCUACUUUAACAAAACCAUCUACUGAAAAAAUUGUAACUUCACAAUUACCUCAAAGUGGUGAUAUACCGGUAAAUGCUGGAUAUCCCACAUAUCAUCAACAAUUAACUUUAAGUGCUCUUCAAAUACAGCAACAAAAUGAACAAGAAUUUUCUGAACAAGAUAAUUACUGGCAAAAACGCUUGGAAAAUUUGCAACAAAAAUAUUCAGAAAUUAACGAUAUCAUUAACACAGAACAUAAAAAAGCUACAGAGCAAUUAUAUAUGAAUGAUAAAAAAGUUGUAAAUAUUCAAGAUGCUGUUCAACCAUGUCAAAGUAGUUCUGAAAAAGUGUUCAACUGUUAUGAAAGUCACCCUAAAGAAAUUCUGAAGUGUGAUACUUUAGUAAAAGAAUUUUUUAAUUGCGUCGAUCAGCGUCGUGCACAUGUGAUUGCAGCACGUUGUUAAUGUGUUAUAAUAUUGAAUUAUGAGUAGUUUAAUUAAAUAUAAUG